UUGUGUUUUCUGUCUCACAGGGGGAGCUGAUCACCUUUUACUAUUAUUGGAAGAAGACCCCAGAGGCUGCUAGUUGCAGAGCCCACCGCAGGCACCGCAGACAACCCGUCUUCCGCCGGAUCAAGACCCGCACCGCCUCCACCCCCGUCAACACUCCUUCCCGCCCACCUUCCAGCGAGUUCUUGGACUUGAGUUCAGCCAGUGAAGAUGACUUUGACAGUGAAGACAGCGAGCAGGAACUGAAGGGCUACGCCUGCCGCCACUGUUUCACUACCACCUCCAAGGACUGGCACCACGGGGGUCGCGAGAACAUCCUGCUGUGCACCGACUGCCGGAUCCAUUUUAAGAAGUACGGCGAACUACCUCCCAUUGAGAAGCCUGUAGACCCGCCACCGUUUAUGUUCAAACCUGUCAAAGAGGAAGACGAUGGACUCAGUGGGAAGCAUAGCAUGAGGACUCGACGGAACCGCGGCUCAAUGUCAACGCUACGAAGUGGCCGCAAGAAGCAAACCGCCAGUCCAGAUGGCAGAGCCUCACCAACCAAUGAGGAUCUGCGCUCCAGCGGGCGCACCUCACCCAGUGCAGCCAGCACCUCCAGCACUGACAGCAAGACUGACUCGAUGAAGAAACCCAGCAAGAAGACGAAGGAAGAGGCGCCAUCGCCUAUGAAGAGUGCCAAACGUCAGAGAGAGAAAGGAGCCUCGGACACAGAGGAGUCUGAGAGGGCAAGCGCCAAGAAAUCUAAAACGCAGGAACUUCGGCCGGACUCGCCCUCAGAGUGUGAGGGAGAGGGAGAGGGUGAGAGCUCGGACGGUCGCAGUGUGAAUGACGAGGGCAGCAGCGAUCCCAAGGAUAUUGACCAGGACAACCGCAGCUCUUCUCCCAGCAUCCCCAGCCCACGCGACAACGAGAGCGACUCGGACUCCUCGGCGCAGCAGCAGAUCCUCCAGGGUCAGCACCCUCCGGUCAUCCAGUGCCAGACAGGGGCUUUACCCACGGCUCCUCCUUCCGCAGCGGCAGCCUCCACACCACCCACCUCAGGCACGCCUUCGCUGUCAUCCCAACCGUCCCCCUCCAUCCCCCCACCUCCAUGCCUCCUCAGCAGACACCUCCAGCAGGUCCGCUGUCUCUCACAGUCAGGGGCGCAGAGGCUGCCCUCACCGCAUUCCCCACUGCAGGGCAUGACUCAGCCUCCUCCAGCUUCUCAGACUGGCCCUCAGUCCCUGCAGCCUCCACUACACGGCCCAAUGCCGCCCAUGGGCCACCCUCUGCAGGCGGGGCCAUCACACAUGCCUCACCCUCAUGCUUUACCUGCUCAGUCCUUCCCUAUUGGUCAGUCUCAGGUCCCCCCUUCACCUCUCUCGGGCCAGUCCCAAGCUGCCUCCCUGUCUCAACAACAGCGACCUCACACCCCUCCAUCCCAGUCGCAGUCCUCCUCACAGAGCGGCAGCCAGCCUCCCAGAGAGCAGCCUCUCCCACCAGCACCAUUGCCUAUGCCCCACAUCAAACCUCCACCUACCACCCCUAUCCCACAAAUGCCAAACCCUCAGUCACACAAGCAUCCCAGCCACCCCCCAUUCCCGCAGAUGCCUUCCAACCUGCCCCCGCCACCCGCCUUGAAGCCCCUCAGCUCCCUAUCCACACAUCACCCUCCCUCCGCCCAUCCGCCGCCCCUUCAGCUCAUGUCUCAAAACCAGCAGCUACAGCCUCCACCAGUGCAACCUCCAGUACUCACCCAGUCCCAAAACCUUCCGGCGACAGGAAGUCAAGCACCCCCGCCGGCUCCUCCGCUCCCUUCCUCUUCCUCUGCUUCACACUCGGCGCCUUCUCAGCCACCCUUCCCUCCUCAUUCUUUCAUGCCAGGCAGCUCGCCCGUCCUGUCACCGUCUACCGUUCCUUCUUCUGUGGCGAACUCAAUGGCUAUGCUGCAGCAGCCACCCUCCUCCAUAUCCAUGCCCCUGCCUGCAACGGUCAGUGCGCCUUGCCCGGGACCCUCCACUGUGCCACCUGUACAGAUUAAAGAAGAGCCACUGGAUGAGGCAGAGGAGCCAGAGAGUCCUCCACCACCACAGAGGAGCCCUUCACCUCCACCCACCAUCGUCAACACUCCCAGUCACGCCAGCCAGUCUGCACGGUUCUAUAAGCAUCUGGACAGAGGUUACAACACAUGUGCCAGAACAGACUUCUACUUCACACCACUGGCCUCAUCGAAACUGGCAAAAAAGCGAGAGGAGGCGCUGGAGAAAGCCAAGAGAGAAGCAGAGCAGAAAGCAAGAGAAGAAAAAGAAAAGGAGAGGGAACGAGAAAAAGAAAGAGAACGGGAACGGGAGAGAGAGAAAGAGGCUGAGAGAGCUGCUAAAGCUUCCAGUUCUUCCCAUGAGGGUCGCAUGGGUGAACCCCCGAUGGCGGGAUCGGCUCAUAUGCGGACCUCUUUUGAUCCACCACCCACCACCAUUGCCACCGUGCCCCCUUACAUCGGCCCUGACACACCUGCCCUGCGCACGCUCAGCGAAUACGCUCGACCCCACGUCAUGUCCCCCACCAACCGCAACCAUCCCUUCUUCGUUUCACUCAACCCCACAGACCCACUCCUGGCCUACCACAUGCCCGGUCUGUACAACGCAGACCCCGGCAUGCGUGAGCGUGAGCUGCGGGAGCGAGAGAUACGGGAGAGGGAGAUCCGAGAGAGGGAGCUGAGAAUGGAGAGGAUGAAGCCAGGCUUUGAGGUCAAACCUCCAGAAUUGGACAGUCUGCAUCCUUCCGCCAACCCCAUGGAGCACUUUGCACGGCACGGGCCUAUUGGUCUCCCACCCAUGGCUGGCCCUCAUCCGUUUGCCUCCUUCCACCCGGGCCUGAAUCCACUGGAGCGGGAACGGCUGGCGCUGGCUGGGCCACAGCUACGUCCUGAGAUGUCCUACCCUGAGAGGCUACAUGUUGAGAGGAUGGCUUCUGUAGCAAACGACCCCAUUGCACGGCUGCAGAUGUUCAACGUGACGCCACACCACCAUCAGCACUCGCACAUCCAUUCACACCUACACCUGCACCAACAGGACCCUCUGCACCAAGGUUCUGGGGCACAUCCGCUCGUAGACCCACUGGCCGGCGGACCACACCUCGCCCGGUUCCCCUACCCACCUGGAGCCAUCCCCAACCCCCUGCUCGGACAGCCCCCGCAUGAACACGAGAUGCUCCGGCACCCUAUGUUCGGCGCUCCAUAUCCCAGAGAUCUCCCAGGUGGGCUACCACCACCAAUGUCAGCGGCACACCAGCUGCAGGCCAUGCAUGCACAGUCUGCAGAGCUACAGAGAUUGGCCAUGGAGCAGCAGUGGUUACACAGUCAUCACCACAUGCACGGAGGCCCACUGCCAGGACAGGAGGACUAUUACAGCCGGUUGAAGAAGGAAAGCGACAAACAGCUGUGAUCAGCCGAGGGCUCCCAGAGGAUCAGCAGGACACAGGAGGUCACAGCAGAACAGUCACGCAUGGGAACUCGCGUGUUCUAGGAACGUUCUCAGUUCGGCGAAGUGACGAGGAUCGUCUGAGGAAACUUCUUUCUGUUGUCAGCUUUCUUCACUAUUCCGGACUUUUUUUUAAGACAUUGACUUUUUCGGGGGGUUAUAUAUCGUUCAAGUAGUGACAGCGUCCUCAAGACUGAUUGUGACUUUCCUGCAUGAACAUACUCUGAGAAGCUUCCCUGACGUCUUUUGUAGGUGCUAGAAAACCAGAUACUUUGUCACUGUGCUAAUUGGGGGGAAAACAGAGGAACAGACCAGUCGGGCCAUUAUAUCUGAAAAGUGCUAUCUUAAAUUCAAUGUUUAUUUUAAUACAUUGUAGGAGGUUUUCAUAAUGUUAAGAAAAGCUGCAGCAUGGCAUUUUUUGAGUCUGUAAAUAGUAUAUAAAUAUAUAUAUAUAUAUAUACAUAUAUAAUUAUUGCUAUUAUCAUAAUAAUUAUUAUUAGGUGUGGAUUCCUAACAGAAACGUUAGACCUCCGAUAUAAUAAUUUUCUGAAGUGUCAUCCCUUGUUUCAGAGGGGAAGGAGAUGGCACGGUCAGAGCAGGUAACCAUGUCAGAUGUAAACGGGGUUUGCUGGGUAGAAUGGUACCGGAUUUUAAUCCAAACGCCUCUAGAGGUCAAAGCUCAGAUGACGCUUUUUUAUUUUUGUUUGUUUGUUUGAUUUGUUUCAUAUAUCGACAGUCAAUGACAAACACUCAUGACAUCAUGACCAUAUUUUUAAUUUCAUUGCUGAACUCAAACUCAAAACACUUGAAGGAGGAGGUGCGAUGCCUCGUGAGUAUUGGGGCAAGUAGCCCAUUUGGAAAGAAGAAUAUUGCACUGAUUAACCUCAGUUUUUCUUUUUAAACUGUAAUUGGCUUUCCUAUGGCUUCUUAAGUGUGAGUGAGUGCAUUUUGAAAGCCGUUCGCUCUGUUUUGUGUGUACCAAAGUUGAACGGCGUUCAGUUUUGCAACUGGGUUCAUAUCUCAGCUAGUUCCUCAGUGCUUAGAGAUUGCGAAACGUUUUUUUAAAGUAACAAUAUGACAUCUUGAUGCACAUUUUUUUACUUUUAGAUUUACAUAUUGUCAAAGGGUGCUGGGAAAGAUAGCAAUGCCCCCCCCCUCCCGGUUUGUCUCCUGAAGUCCUCUUACGAGCUCCUCGCACAGUCAGUAUCCCGACCUACUGUACAGAUUCAUAAAACCAUUCUCACUGUGAAGCCAGGGGGAAGAUGGUGGCAGAGAUGACGUCGAGCUUGGAUUGUGUACCUGUGUGUGCAUGAGUUCACAGUAGUGGAAGAUGAUGACUGUGCUUGAGCUUCUCUCUGCAUUCCUGACACUGCAUUACCUAUGAUGCAUGAUGCCUCUUUAUUUGCUCUCCAUCAUGUUGAGGCUGUUUGAUAGCAAUCAUUGACUGUUACAUGCAGUAUUUUUGUUCGUUUUGUUUGUUUGUUUUUCCCAGAUCCAUCAGAAUUAAUGUUCAAUAUUUGAAAUGACAAAUGCUAAAAAUUCAUUUUUACCUCUGGUGAGAUUGUGUAUGGGCCUUUUUUGAGCUAAAAGUUCAAAGUACAGUAAAAGCUCAGAGUACUGUUUUUAAUUCUCUCCCCUGUUGUUUUUAAAAAAGCCAUCGUGCAUCCUUUGAAGAGUAUGCAUAGAAGCCAGUUUUUAGCAGUAUAUGCCCAAAGCUGAACACUUUCUGUAAUUGGACUGUCAUGUAUCUUUUAUUCUGUCUCAGAUGUAUACAGCAUUUUACUUUUGUUUUAAGCAUUUUCUCCUUUUGUCCCUCUUUUGUGUCUUAAACCUUUGAUGUUGAGUGUUGUCAAUGGUUUAGCUUCUUGUUUCAAAGCGGCAAUAGCAGAAUGUACAUUCUGACUGCUAAGAUUUAUAUAUACUGGUAUCUUGAAGCUUAUUGUAUAUAUUAGUAGUCGCAAUGGGAUGACACAGUGUAAACAAAAAGUAGAGAUAAUUAAGGCAGAUUGUGAGUCCUGUGUUCUCCCAUUUGAGUAUUUUGUAAUUUUUUUGACAAAUUUGUGGAAUUAAAAUAAAACUAAGUUACACCACAUGGAAACUUGAUUUCUAGUCAAUAUCACCUUUUGUUAUGACAUGGCAAAAGUAAAUGUUCAUGCUGACAAAAA